GUGCAAUGCCUUACACAACCAAACGGUCUUGUGUAAUAUUGAAAACUACAAAGAGGAAAUAAGGACGGACCAUCCACCCACCCAAUCCCAAUGAAGAAAUCUUGAUCAGUUUGCCAAACAAAUCAGCCAGAUGCUCAGGUAUCCACAUCUGGACGCCCCACGCACAUAUCCCCACUUGAACACCAAUCAGCAUGCUACCUGAGACACUCCUCCAGCAGUGAUGCCAGCCUUCAGCCCUCCUGCUCCUCUCCUCUGUGUGCUGCUGUGUGUGUCUGUGGCUCUGCAGCGAUCUGACCUCCGCUUGGCUUAUGUGACCCACAACAACUUUUUCUACUACUCCUGCAACCAGGACCCGCAGCCCUGCAGUGUUUCAUCACUUUCAGACUGCAGGUGCAAGGACAUCCAGCUUUCCACAUUGCACCAUCCCCAGUCGCACUCGUCUCCUGUUUUCCGGAUGAGACGUUUAACUGUUUGGUUCACGUCGCCUUUAAACACGGCACGUCUGCUCAACAACUCGGAGGUGAGGCACCUAACUCUGAUCCACUGUGGUCCUAGUCCAUCCAGAGGGACGCCUUCUUCUUCCCUAGAGGGGCAUUUUGCUGUGCAGCACCUGGAGAGGCUGACAGUGGUAAACCUACCGCAGAGGCCGCUUCACCACUGUCCAGAUGCAAACAGAGCCAAGAAUACAGACUCAAACACUGACCCAGACAGAGAUAAUAGUGCUCACUUAGACACAAAUAGAUACAACAGGGAUAGAGAUACAUACCUGGACCUGAUUGUGGACAUGAAGAAAGAUUCCUUGGGUUCACCCCAGAUCCAAGACAUUUUCCUGGGCAGGGAGCUGGGAGCAGCGUAUCAUGAACAGGCCAGGCUGGGGAUCAUCCACAGCUCCGUGUUAGAGUGGGGGGCAAUGGUCAAAGCCUACACAGUCCAGACGCACAUAGACAGUGACGGUGCGCUGCCCUUUCCUGACCUCCACCUGGCAAAAUUGCCAGAGACAUCUGUCAUAUAUGUCAGCUUUGUGUACUGAUGCCAACUUACUUUUUGAGGGCGAGAGAACAGUGAGAACAGGAGGACGAUGAGCCAGUGUUUAGGACCUGCAAAUAACCAUUUUCUUGUUCCCCAGGGGACUGUCGAGUUUGGAUUUAAGAAUUCUGUGUCUUUUUUGUUGCAGGUCCAGACUUCUGAUUUACAUUUUAUAAAUAAUCCCUUUAUCCUCUUAAAAUGGGAGAGAAAGUGCCCAUUAGUUUACAGAUUAUGUUGCAUUGAAAGCUGGGCCUGUUUUAAAAGCAGAGCUGCAGGUAUUUUCUAAAACUAGUGUCAUGGUAACUUUCUUAGAUGGAGAGUGAGAAGGAACUUGAAUGAGUUUGGGAGACUUUGCUUUUGUUUUCAUGUCCAAUAGCUUUAAUCAUUUAUAAUUUUCCCAAGUGAAAACUUUGCACAGCUGUUUAUCAGCACAUUAGAACAAACCUUGUCAACUGAAACACUCUCUGUGGGACCAGAACAGCCUGACCACCCCCUCGAGUAGAAGCGUCCUUUGUUCCCAAAUGUUUAUGCUGAAUUGAUGGUAUAAUCCCCAACAAUUGUUUCCCAAUUUAGCAGUUUUUCCCUGUCUGCCACAAAGAUAGGAAAUGUGACCUUCCACCAUGAGGUCUGUCCCAGACAGGUUCUGAUCCGGUUUUCACACUGAAUAUAAUACUAAUGACUCAUAGGUUCCAGGUUGAUAAAUGGGACAAUUUUUUUUUCAGCUUUUUCUAAUGCCAGACAGUUAGAUAGAUUAGACAGUACAGGCAAAAUUUCGUUCAGGAGUAUAGCCUAUAGACAGUGUGAAAAGAUGCAGUGUUUCAUAAAUUGCAUUUCAUGUAAGAUUAAAACGUUUAGGGCUCUUCAGUUCAGUGACCCUAACACCAUAGGUGGUGCCUCAUGCUUGUCCCUUUAAGAGACAGAGUGAUUUGCUUGUAAGGUCAAAACGUCAUAACUAGAGAGGAUAUCAAGGGGGGAGUUGUAGGUUUCAGCAGUGAGGAUCACUUCCGCGUUCAAAAAGCUGCAGGUCCUCGGCUGGCGCUGGGGGCUGGCUCCAGA